AUGCCACUCUCCAAAUUUGAUAUAACAGCAUGUUCAAGAUUUGGCAGUAAAAAUUAUGACUAUUAUUUAUUUUGUAAUUAGGCUAAGCGCAAGAUUAUUUCACCUUAUGUUGAAAAUAUUUUUUUAAUACUUAAUCUAAGCAGUUGAACAGGUCAAGUCACAAAAUCAUGGGCCUUUGCCCAGUAAAAAGGGCCCAACCCGGUUUUAUAAACCGGGUUGAGAUAUGGGCCCAUUAGCUGUCUUCAUCCGCUGUGACCAAAUCAUUUUCCGAUUGCGUUGGAUCGAACUCGCUGUCCAAUGUGGAGAAGUAACUCACUCGCCUAAACUCCAAUCCUUCUCCGUUUCUCUUCCUCCGCACAUCUCACAGCCAUGGGGCCCUCGCUCGAUCCAAUUCCACCGCCCCUGAGUCCACGUCAGCCGCGGAUCCUGUGACUUGGUCUCAAUCCGGGCCCGAUGAUCGGUGCAUCGCCACGCCUCCAGCCGUUGGUUUGGUGGCAUCCGCGUCGGCGGGCAAGGCUGACGGCUAAAUUCCACGAACGUACGUCAUGGGAGAUGAUAUCCGCCAUUUGUGCCCGGGAAAAAAAACAUCUCCAGUGAUGGGAAAGACGCGUAAACCAAACACGCGAAAGUGUCUUGCGUGUAUACAAUACACGCGUUACUCUCAUGCGUGUUUUAUUGAAAACACCCAAUCGGGUGAAUUUCCAGUUUCAAAACACCCGGCCGGGUGAAAUAUUUAAGACAGGAGUCGUCCAGAGAGAACACCCGGUCGGGUGAUUUUAACUUUCAAAUCACCCGGCCGGGUGAAAUUUUAUCACGGGAAACAUUUUUUUUCCGGGUACAAAUGGCGGAUAUUAUCUCCCAUGACGUACAUUCGUGGAAUUUACCCCAAGGCUGACUUGGUUAGGCACUACAGCAGAUGCUAUUGGGAGCUCUCCAAAGCUCGAUUAAGCAUGCUUGUCGUGGCCACCUCUGGUACUGGAUAUAUUCUUGGAAGCGGUAGUUCGAUUGACUAACUCGGCCUUUGCUGCACAUGUGCAGGAACCAUGAUGGUUGCAGCUGCGGCUAACUCCUUAAACCAGGUGUUUGAGGUUAAAAAUGAUGCAAGGAUGAAUAGAACCAGAUUAAGACCACUACCAUCCGGGCGUAUUACCAGACCUCAUGCGGUUAUGUGGGCAUCUUCUAUGGGUAUAGCAGGCACUGCUCUGCUGGCUUGCGAGGCUAAUAUGCUGGCAGCAGGCCUUGCAGCUUCCAAUCUUGUCCUCUAUGCAUUUGUAUAUACUCCUCUAAAACAAAUUCAUCCAGUAAACACCUGGGUUGGAGCUAUAGUUGGUGCAAUCCCACCUCUCCUUGGGUGGGCUGCAGCUUCUGGCCAGAUCUCACUGAAUUCAAUGAUGCUUCCUGCUGCUCUAUAUUUUUGGCAACUACCUCAUUUCAUGGCCCUUGCAUACUUAUGUCGCAAGGAUUAUGCCGGUGGAGGGUUCAAGAUGUUCUCACUUGCUGAUCCUUCUGGCUACAGAACAGCCUGGGUUGCACUGAGGAACUGUCUUUAUUUGCUUCCGUUGGGUUACCUGGCUUAUGACUGGGGUAUUGCAUCAGGGUGGUUCUGUGUGGAGUCGACACUACUUGCUCUUGCAAUCAGUUCCACUGCAGGAUUAUUUUUGUUCAACCGUACAACAAAAAAUGCACGAAGGAUGUUCCAUGCCAGCCUCCUUUAUCUUCCCGUGUUCAUGGGUGGGCUCCUAGUACACCGGUGUUAUGAUAACGAGCUGUCUGCUACUGUGGAGAAUUCAAAUCAAUUAGCUGAGCUGCCAUCAUCGUCCUCCUUAGAUGGAGACCGGACCAGAUCUUCCACCCGGAAAAACGGAAGACCUGCUUCAUCACGACCUCCGGUAGCAUAUGGCUCUGUCGCUCCUUUUCCAUUCUUACCAGCGCCAUACAUCAGCAACUAAGAUGUUGUAUCUGUGUACUUGUGAAGAAGUUGAUUGUGGAAUUUUACACAUAUGUACGAGACGCAUAGCAUAAUUUGCGGAAACUUUUUGUUUGAUGGUGACGAUAAAUACUAGACUAAAGGCCCAAAAUGGUCCCUAA